AGCUUGGCCCAAGAUGCGUAGGUGAAUUCACCUUCUCUCAUUUUCCCAUCAGCUUUAUGACAUCACUUGCCCCAUUUUCCUCUUGACUUCUGUUUCUCAGUCUGUAGCCUGGCUUACAAGCAGCUAUACCACAAGCAGAGAGUUCAGUGCAGCUUCAGCUUGCACACCCUGAUGGACUUUCUGCCAGCCCAUAGCAAACAUUCUGGAAUCAGAAGCCCAGUGAACAGUACAGAAACACUGCUUUCCCCUAGUUGAGUGCCUCUUGCUGUUAAGCACACAUUUUGCUAAAUGAGAAAGAGAUUCAGCCCAGGCUGGGAGACAGCGUUGAGUCCUUGCUGAACUGGGGAUUUGGAUUUUCUAGGUGAGGUUGAUAUAAACAGGAAGAGUUGUUAGCUGCACGGCUAGGGGAUAGACAAUAAACAGUUUGCGCAGAAACAAGCAAUGGUGCUUCAAAAGCAUUUCCAGAUGAGUGUGGCUUCUCAGAAUCGUCUACACCACGGUAGCUCCCUAGGGCUGGCAGACCUACAGUGGAGCUGGAGCUGUUGGAAAGCAGCAAUGGUCUUUUCACUUUGACUUUUCUGGAAGCCCAAGGUCAGCUGCCCUGUUCUUUGCUGUCAUGUUCACUAUUCCUGGCAAGAUAUUCAGGAAGAGCUUCCUAAAAGUAACAGUAUAUAGGAUCAAAGAAGCUUGAGAUAUCCUUUUCCACAUUUAAUCAUUGAUUUAUGCCCACGCUACUCACUAGGAAGGAGUCUAGGAAGGAAACAGGGCUUUUAAGACUUUCUGGUACAUGUACAAAGUGUUACCAGUAUUUCAUCAGAAAAAAUAUUAACGGGAAGGCAGCAUAAAGUUCUUGUACAGAUAGACUAAUGAGCAAAUACAAUGGAAAUAUUAUACAAAUCUCUUGAGAGGUAGAGGGAAGGAAACCUAAUUUUCCAUGUCUCUGCAUGAUGAUCCUGUGCUUGAUGUUAGGAAACAGGAAGCAGAUAAACAGGAAAAAGAAGAAGGAGCUGGCAAAGAAAGUGCAAUAGGGAGAGUAGGUCACCCAGUGCAAAUGUACUGAGUGGUUCCGAUAGACAUUUUUAACAAUAGCAGGAAAAAGUCUGAAGAGGGUUCCACUUCAAGUAAAUCUCGGGUCAAAUGAUGGGGAUAUUUAGCCAUCCAUCAACUUCUGUGAAAUGUGGCAAAAGGAAACGUUUAUUGCUUAGUGUAUUGUUUUAAUGAGAUGUUUGCAUUGUUUUGUUUUUGUAACUAUGCUACUCUAUUGCCUGUCAACGUUUAUCACAGAAUCAUAGAAUGGCUUAGGUUGAAGGGAGCCUUAAAGACCAUCUAGUUCCAAUGUCCACGCAAGUGGCAGGGUUGCCAACUGUUAGAUCAGGCUGCCCAGAGCCCCAUCCAACCUGACCUUGAACACCUCCAGAAAUGGAUCAUCCACAAACUCUCUGGGCAACCUGUUUCAGUGCCUCUGCACUCUCUGAGUAAAAAAUUUCUUACAUCUAACCUAAAUCUACCCUCUUUUAGGUUAAAGCUAUUCCUCCUUGUCCAAUCACUAUCAGAUAGUGUAAAAAGUUGGGCUCCCUCCUGCUUAUAGCUCCGUUCAUGUACUGGAAGGCCACUAUGUGGCCUCCCUGGAGCCUUCUCCAAGCUAAACAAGCCCAAAUCCCUCUCUCUUUGAUCAUCUUUGUGGCCCUCCUUUGGACCUGCUCCAACAGCUCAGCAUCCUUUCUGUACUGGGAGCCUUGGGCCUGGACACACUACUCCAGAUGGGGCCUUAUAAGGGCAGAGUAGAGCCAACCACAUCCCUCUCAUUUGCUGGCCACUCUCCUGAUACAGCCCAGGAUACCAUUGGCCUUCCGAGCUUUCUUGGGCCUCUCUUCCCUCCAGGGCUUUCUCCCAUGUCUCCCUGCCAAGCAGUUCCCUGAAGACUUCCAAGUCUGCUCUCCUGAAGUCCAGAGUAGCAAGCUUGCUGCGCACCCUCUUUAAUACCCUGAGGAUAUUGAACUCUGUCAUUCCGUAGCCACAGCAACCAAAGCUCUGUCCUUGAGCUUCACAUUACUUACCAGCCCCUCCUCACUGGUGAGGACAAGGUCCAGCAUAGCACCUUUUCUCAUGGGUUCCUGUAUCACUUGGAAGAGGAAGUUAUCAACACAUUCCGGGAACCUCUUUGAUUUCUGGUGCUCUGCUGUAUUGUCCUGCCAACAGAUAUCGGGGUGGUUGAAGUCCCCUAUGAGGACCAUGUUUUGUGAAUUUGAGGCUGCUCCUAUCUGUUUAUAGAGAGCCUCAUCCACUUGGUCUUCCUCAUCAGGUGGCCUCACUAUGAUGUCACCUUCCUCUGCCUUCCCUUUAACCCUAACCUAUAAACUCUCUGUCAGCUCCUCGUCUAUCAGCAGGUGGAGCUCCAUAGACUCCAGGUGGUCAAUGAUGUAGAGGGCAUACCACUCCCCUUCUCCCUGCCUGUCUUUCCUAAAGAGCUUAUAACCUAUGCCAUUGUAGAAGGCCACUGGGUUGGUCAGGCACGAUCUGUCCUUGAUGAAGUCACACUGGCUGUUUCGGAUCACUCUCCACGUCUCAUGGAUCUGCUCCACAAUCUUCUCGGACACAGAUGUGAAGCUCAAUGGCCUGUAGUUUCCCAGGUCUUCCUUUUUCCCUUUCUUAAAAAUGGGAGUCAUGUUUCCCUUUUUCCAGUCACUGGGGUCUUCACCUGACAGCCAGAGAGUUUUUCAAAUAUGAUGGAGUGACUUGGCAACCAUGUGAGCCAGAUCCUUCAGGUCCCUGGGAUGCAUGUCAUCUGGCCCCAUGGACUUGUACACAUUCAGCCUCAUGAGGUGGUCUUGGACUUGCUCUGCUCUUACACUGGGAGUGAUUUUGCUCCCCCAAUACCCGCUUAGAAGUUUGGGGACAUGAGAAGCAUGAGAAGCCUGACUAGCUGUGAAGACCAAGGCAAAGAAUUCAUGAAGUACCUCAACCAUCUCCACAUCUGAGGAGGCCAGCUUUCCCUUUUCAAUUUUAUUAGGGCAGAUAUACUCUCCUUUGCCUUGUCUUCUGCCAAACGUACCUAAAGAAUCCUCUCUGGUUGUUUUUCACAUCCCUUGCCAAAUUCAAUUCCAUCUGUGCCUUGAUUUUCCUGGCUCCAUCCCUGCACAUCCAGACAGCAUCCCUAUAUUCUUCCCAGGCCACCCAUCCUUGCUUUCACAGCUUACACUUUCUCUUUCUUUCCCUCAGCCUGAUCAGCAGGUCUUUGCUCAGCCAUGCUGGUUUCCUGCCUCAUCUGCCUGAUUUCUUAUUCUGGAUGAUGAAGAGCUCUUGUGCUCUCAGAAGGGCAUCCUUAAAGUACUGCUAGCUCUGUACGUUAACAUGUUCUCUUUUUACCCUUCCAUUUUGCCCAGCUACAAAGCAAACCGAACAGGGAUGGAGAAGGGUGUUCCUGUCUAGUUCUUGGAAUGCUUUGCAGCCUAUUACGUUUCUUGAAGAUAUUCACAGGGCACCCACAUACCUAUCCUUUGAAUUGCCUACCACAGUUGGUAGGUGACAUAGGGGUAAGAGCAAAAUUACUAUUAUGAGCAAUUGAUGUAACUGAAACCAAAGCAUCAUUGAAGUUAAUAAUGAAAGUGGUCGCUGGAGGUCCUCGGAAGACGCCUUACGGCUGGGCCUGCCCCCUCUUUCACACAGAAAGACCGCGGAUCGCCGUGAGACGCCCCCGCCCCCAACCGCCGUCGCCCGGAGCAACGGGGCGGCCCGCGCCAGCCGGCGGGAGAGACCCUUAGCGGCCGGGCGGGAGGCGGGAUGGCCGCGUCGCGCUGCCCGGCGUGCGCCGAGCCCUGCGUGGAGCCGCGGCUCCUGCCCUGCCUGCACUCGCUGUGCGCGCCCUGCCUGCGGCGCCUGGGGACGCUGGGAGAGCCGGGCCGAGCCGCCGCCCUCAGCGUGCUGUGCCCGCUGUGCGACGCCGAGGUGGCGCUGCCGUCGGGCGGCCUCGGGCAGCUCAUCCCGGACUACACGGCGCUGAGGCGCGGCGGGGCCGCCGGCGCGGCGGGGUGCGACCUGUGCGCCGACGGAGCGGCUGCGAGGCGUUGCCAGACCUGCGGGGCGCGCCUCUGCCUCUUCUGCUGCCAGGCACACAGGAGACAGAAGAAGACUGCCUCCCAUGUCGUGAUGGAGCUGGAGAGCACCAGGGAUUGCAGCCAGGCUGAGAAGCCUUUCUUCUGCCCUUCCCAUCCCUCAGAGGAGCUGUGGCUGUUCUGCGAGCAGUGUGACCAGCCUGUAUGCCAGGAUUGCGUUGCACAAAGGCACCAGCAGCACCCCUAUGACUUCACCAGCAAUGCUGUGCACCGGCACAAGGACUCCCUGCAGAAGCUGCUGAGAAGCACCCAGCAGCGCAUGAGCACGUUAGAAGAUGUGCUGAGCCAGACUGAUGGUGUGGGCAGUGCCAUCCGUGCUCGUGCAGAGGCCGUGGCCGCGGAGAUCAGUCUGUUUGCCAGAGGAUAUGUGAAAGCGAUUGAAGAGCACCGGGACCGGCUGCUGAAGCAGCUGGAGGACCUGAAGGUGCAGAAGGAAAACCUGCUGCACUUGCAGAAGGCCCAGCUGCAGCAGCUCUUGCUGGACAUGAGGACAGGCGUGGAGUUCACAGAGCGCUUGCUGACAAGUGGCUCAGACCUGGGAAUCCUCGUCACCAAAGGGGUGGUGGCAAGUCGACUGGCAAAGCUGAACAGUACUGCUUACAGCACCCACCCCAGAGAGGAUGACAGCAUUCAGUUCUCUCCCCAGGAGAGGGCAGGGCAAUGUCAAGGCUAUGAGGUUUUUGGGGCCAUUAUCUGCAAAGCUGUUGAUCCAGCCAAAUGUACCCUGCAUGGGGAAGAUCUCUGCAGUGCCCAUCAGAAUGAGCUGACAGGCUUUACCCUACUCUGCAAUGACACCAUGGGAGAGCAGAUGGGGAGAGGAGGAGAAGCUGUGAUGGUCACCAUCACCCACAAGGACAAGAAGGACUGUGCAGUCAAACCAACAGUGUGUGAUAAUGGUGAUGGGACCUACCAUAUUUCCUACAGCCCUGAGGAGCCAGGCUUGUAUGCUGUCUGCGUCUAUGUGAAAGGGCAGCAUGUACAGGGCUCUCCAUUCAUUGUGAUGGUGAAAAGCAAGUUCCGCAAGCACCAAGGCAUGUUCCACUGCUGCACGUUUUGCUCCAGUGGAGGAAAGAAAGCUGCUCGCUGUGCCUGUGGAGGGACUAUGCCAGGUGGGUACCAAGGUUGUGGCCAUGGACACAAAGGUCACCCUGGAUGUCCCCAUUGGUCAUGCUGUGGACAAGUCAAAAUGAGCUCGGAAUGUCUGAGUGCGUUGCCCAGCGACAGAUCACAGAGGAGUUUGCUCAGGACAGUGGAACUCUGAGCAGCCAGUUGAGCCUCCCUGAGUUCAGGGCCUUCCUACUGGCUGCUGAAUGAGCACAUGUUGCAAGGAUCCCCACAACUACUGAAGAGCCAUCUUGCCAGAAAACAACACGGUGAUGGGUAUGAACUGAGAAAGGAGGGUGAGGGAAAAUAAAACUGUGCCUUAUAUUCUACCUGGG